ACAACGACCGGAAGUUAUGGGAUCUAGUACCGAAAGCCCGCCAUUCAAUUCUUGUUAGUUUGAAUUAGGAAGCCCUUGGAUGCAGAAGGUUGGAAAUUACUAUCUUUCUCUCUGUCUUCAAUUUUCAUUGCAGAGAAUUUUGAAAGGAAUCUUAAAUUUUAUUUUCAUUUUGCACACACACACACGCCUGUACACACAAGCACAGACAGAAUUUUACACACACACACGCCUGUACACAAGCAAAAACACAGACUCACAAGCAGAAACACACACACACACAUAUCUGGCAACAGACUCUCCUGUACAUUGUCUCACAAUUCCUAAGACACAUCAUAUACUCUUCCAUUCGAUCCCACUAUGGCUAGACGAUAUAGGAUUGUUGAAUCUGUCCUUUCCGUUGAUGACAUAACUGAAAGACAUCACAAUCUGCGAGAAAUAAUUGCCAUAACGGGUAACGCGGAUUCAACAAACCAAUUCCUGGCGUCUGUGGGAUUGAUCCACAAUUCCAUGGAAUGCUGUAAUCAGCGGAUGUUCCUUGCAACGCGCAAUACAGUAUCCGAUGGGAAAAUGUGGAGGUGUCCUGUUUGCAGGCAAUUUCGUAGCAUCAGGCGAGACUCGUUUUUCUCGGACUCCCAUCUACCAUUGACUCGUCUCCUAGAGUUGAUGUAUUACUGGGCCAGAAUUGAAUGCAAACAGAGUGUUGUGAUGAGCGAAGUUGGAAUUGGCCCAGAAGCAAUUGUCAAAUGGUACAAUUACUUUCGCGAUGUUUGUGCCAUGUGGUGCUUUGACCACCCUGUGCAACUUGGAGGAGAGGACGUCGUUGUAGAGCUCCUCGAAUCCAAGUUUAUGCACAGGAAACAUCAUCGUGGAAGUUAUCGAGAGGGGCAUUGGGUUCUUGGACUGGUCGAGCAGGAAAGUCUGAAAAGUGUCUUAGUUCCUGUGGAAAACACAAGUGCAGCAACACUGUUGCCCAUUAUUACUCGCCACGUUUUGCCAGGAACUAAGAUCAUCACAGACUCCUGGGCAGCGUAUAACAGUCUUCCAGACGAUUUCACUGUCAACCACAAUGUCACCUUCGUCGAUCCCAACGAUGCCUCAGUCAGCAAAAACACCGUGGAAGGGAUUUGGAGUCAAAUGAAAGCAAAUUAUCGGAGGAUGCAUGGGACGUCCGAUAGUUUGUUUUCGACAUAUUUGCAUGAAUUUUGUUGGCGACGUCACAACACUAGUAAUACUUUUAUGAGCUUCAUAAAAUGUAUUAGACAGUAUUAUCUUGUCUGAUUUCAAAAAUAUGUUUUAUGAAGUUCAUAAAAUGUGUUCUGGUGUUUAAUUUAGCCUCAAAUUCAUGGGAAUCUGUGUAACUUUAUAUUUAUCAUUAUUUAUUUUCUUUUGUAUCUUUGUAAUUUGUAUUUCUUUCUUCUACACACGGAAAUAACCCGUGUAAGCAAAAUUUGGUCUAAUGUUUAAUUUUUAAAUUGUUUUGUUUUUAAUUGGUAAUCAUUACAUGGAGAGUUUCACCAGAUUUAAAAAAAGAACAAACAAAAAACAAAUUGCUACCACACAAUUAAUAACAUUUCCAUUUCCUUCCUUCUCUGGAAUUUGCAUCCACAAUUUUCAAAAACAGAAGGGCAUUUUACAGAAAUAAGAGAAAUGGUUAGAACGAACUUAUACAUAUGUAGUGACUUCAUUUGGACAUAGAUUAAAUUCGAACAGUGGAUCUACACGGACACCAGACGAAAACAAUAGCAAUCACGGUGGUAUACCUCUUUUUCUACAGUCGGCCGAAAUCAAGAAGUGACAAUGCCACCUUCACAUUCUCUAUUGUCAGCAUCAGGCAUUACCUACUCUUUCUCUCUCUACUGACAGCAGAACACAUCUCGCUGUCGACUACAACCAGCAAAGCAAAGCUUUAUUACACACCACAUGGUACACGGCUAGACGGCUACAACUGGUGUCAGACCGACCACAACGAUACAACGAUGUGUCUAGAACGUGAUUCGAACACAACAACUCUGCCACAAUUGCUGACUCCUGAGCUACAGAAUUGCAGUCUCCGUUACCUUAUCCAUUACAUUUGGUGAGCUCGACUUCAAAGUUACUGCUUCAGCAUCGCAUGACCUCUUGAAAAAAAAAUUACAGUCCAUGCCAGUCGCAUCAACAAGAAUUACACAACACGAAAGGCAGGAAGUCACCGACUCAAUGGACACACACCAAUUACUUUCCAUAUCGCAGACCAAUGUACUACAGUCCGAUGCACAGAUCCACUAGGGAAACAGUUGCCAUACGUAAAUGCAACAUUUAGAACAGCUAUCCACCCAAGAGAACUAACCAUUUCUCACUUUUCAGCAUAGACCUUUCACAGGACACUAUUACCAACCAGGUUUUGUCACUUUGUACUGUCCAUUCAUUUUGCUGCACAGCACAAUGUUUACACAUGCAUAUAUGCAUGUUUGCACCCAGUUUCUGUGCACAGCUGUAGACUCUUAACUUUUUUUCUUCUUUUGCAUGCAACUCUUUUCUCAUGAGAAGGAUAUCUCCUCCUCACUUUAUAUCUCUCCCGUCUUUUACUAUUUCACCAUCGUCGCAUCAACAGACAUUAUUCUAUGAUGCGGCCAGAAUGAUGAGAACAGGACAAGUAAAAAAAUUAAGGCUGCACGGUAGCAGUCGAGAAAGAAAAUGUAACGGUUAAAUAAAAAAAAAUUUGUCUAUAA